AUGAGACAAUGGGAUAGAGAAAAUGAUUAUAGUAUUACUUCUGUUUCUGGUAAAAUUUCUUCACAUGCUUUAGUUUUUUGUUGGUCACAUAUAGAACCAUUCGAUAGGAAAAUAGACGCUUAUAUUAAAGAUCUUGAAAUCAUUGAUAUGAUACGAGGAAAGAGACAACAAAAAGCACGUCAGCUUCUUGACAGAUAUCGUGAGGCAAGUAAAAACUUUCCGCUACAAUGGUGGCGUGACAAUCGUAAGCCUGCUCAGUCUUUUGUCAUUCAAGGCUGUUCGCUGAGCCACAAGCCAGUGUUAGAGCACAAGACAGAUCGUGAUAUCGUGAAAUUCUGGGAAAAGGAAUGUGUACGCAAACAAGUUCACCUACACCAGCGAAUAGGAGCUGUAAAUGGAGUCAACAGAACAGUUAACAGGGAAAAGUUAAAACGAACAGCAAUCCAUUUAUCAGAAGAUCACUGA